CCAGAGUAUAAGCUUGACGUAUGACUCCGCAAAAGCGGAACGAGAUACCUAUAACGCCUUAUGAGCAUGAGGCGGUAUAAGGCGGUAAGCAAGGGUUAGGUACCUACCUGUAGGUACUUAACAUACCUUUAUUAAAGACUUGGAGGAUGUACUUGCCCAUCUACAAGUUACGAAACUUUCAUAGUUUUAAGAACCCGUGUUUUGAAACCUUUGACUCGAAUAAUUGGACUAGUAGCCAAUGCAAAUCCCAUUUAUUAAUUGUCUUUCUUUCUGUUAACAGGUACAUAUUAACUCACUGUGUUACUCUAGCCUACCUCUUAUACCUAGAGUCUUACCUGUUUCUCUCUCACGGGUGAUCUUAUUGUCUUCGAGGAAAACCUCAAGACAACAACAACUAGCCGCCAUGGCCCUCAAUUAUAAAGAAUCAAAAUUAGUCAAGGAUACACUACCGUCCCUACGCCAACAUGGUGAACACAUUGCGACUGUCUUCUAUAAGACAAUGUUACGCGACCAUCCCGAACUCCACAACUACUUCAACACGGUGAAUAUGCACACGGGAAAGCAGCCGCGCGCCUUGACCAAACUUAUUCUGGCUUUUGCCUCCAACAUUAUCAACAUCAGCGAGCUGACACCGAAGCUGGAACGUGUGGCCCAAAAGCACGCCUCGCUGAACAUCCAGCCCGAACAAUAUGAGAUCGUCGGCAAAUAUCUAAUACGCGCAUUCUCCGCCGUUCUUGGCCCUGCUAUGACUCCCGAUGUGAAGUUGGCGUGGACGAAAGCUUACUGGGUCAUGGCCAAGAUGCUAACGGGCCGAGAAGCUCACAUUUAUCGCGAGUUCGAGGACUGGCAGGGCUGGCGGAAGUUUAUGAUCUUUAAUAAGAAGAAAGAGACUGUAGAGGGAAACAUCGUCUCCUUCACUUUGAAGCCAGUUGACGGACAGCCCUUACCACUCUUCAUGCCCGGCCAGUAUGUUACCUUGAGAAUCACUGUACCCGGCAUGAAGUUUGCACAGCUCAGACAAUAUUCGCUGAGCGAUACGCCCAGAAAAGACCACUAUCGGAUUACCGUAAAGCGAGACCAGGGGGCAGAUUGGGAUUACUCCAAGUCUGAUGAUAUUAUGCCGAUGUCCUCAGCUGCUAGUAGCGCGUCGGAUAGCAGUAUUGGAAGCGUGCAACCAUGCAGGUCUGGUGUCGUCUCCAACUCGCUUAUUGACGAGUUCCAUGAAGGAGACACCAUCGAAUUGACACAUCCAUCGGGAUCUUUCUUCCUUAACACGAAAAUGGACACCUCGAUGCCGCUUGUCCUUAUCUCUGCCGGAGUCUGUGUAGCCCCGCUGAUCUCGAUGCUGAACACUAUUGUAGAAAAGCGGAUCAACAGGCCAGUGUCCUGGAUCCAGGCAUCAAGACACGAUGCCCCUUUCCAAGCACAUGUCGAAAACAUGGCCAAGAGACACCCCAAUAUCAGGACGAAAUUCUUCAAGUCGAGGUUGUCGGACAGUGAUGUCUUGUCGUAUACGUCGAGCUUCGAUAACGACUUCCUCUCCCUCACCUACGAGGACUUGUAUCUAAACAAUAGCUCGUCCGAGUAUUACAUCUGCGGACCUGAAAAAUUCAUGAUGCAGGUGUCUGAACACUUACACAAGAAUGGUGUGAAACCAGAGAGGGUGCAGUUCGAGAUCUUCUCGGUAGGAAGCUUCGAGAUGAGAAUGGAGGACUGAUUCGAGUACGGAACUAGUCGAUACGACCGAGGCCGUCUCGAAUAGCCGUCUACGGCGCCAUCCAUCACGACGUUUCGUGGUCGAUCUAUUCGCUCUGGGGUUUUUAAGAAGCCCUUUGGGCAUUGGCCAUAUACCAUAUCCUAGCACAUAGUGCGUAGUCGAGCGAAAUGAAUGAACCCGGGUUUUUAUCUGGCUUGUUGGGCUCUGAGGAACUCCGCUGGAGUCUGGUUACUAGGCCAUUGGGGGCCAUGGUUAGGUAACACGGAAAAGGAGCCACCCAGGGUAAGGCAAGAGGGAAUAGCCGAGCCGAUCAUUUCUCCUAGGGGAGUAAUACUAAGGUUUCGGCCGAAGUGAUUUGGAGUAUGGCGUUGAGUUUGCUACGUUAAGCAACCAAAACCCCAAUUAAUAUCCAUAGCUUUGGAUUAUUGCAUUAAAUAGGGAUACCAUCGAAGAUGUACGAUAGGAAACACGAGUCAUGACUUAGAUUAUUAGAGCUUAUGUACCUUACGGUCAAAUUGGAAUAUGAACGAUUUUAACUA